AUGGCCCCUUUCAGCGACGACGACAGGAUACUGCUCUACAUCCUCAAGACUAAGGUCAAGGAGCGAGGAAGAGGCUCCUGGGAUGUCUGCCAAAGCAUCUACAACGAAUUGGCUACACAAACUCUGUCACCGGACAGGCUGACUGCCGCGUAUCGCAACCUUGAUAUAGCCAAGCUGGAGGCAGAAGCUGACUCCGCCGCUUGGGACGCAAAGAGGGAGCAGGUGGAGAGGUGCUUGCUCGAAGCAAGUCCAGUGCAUCACUUCUCCAAGAGGGAAGCUGACAACCCGCACAGAAAGAGGGCGCUUCCGGGGCGAUCCAAUGCGCGCUCCGGUCGGCCAGAGAGCGAAGAGUACUCCGCCCUCGAAUAUCAUACGCUCACCAUUGAGGCCGCCAUCGAAGGACGAGACGCCGUUCACGCCAGCCCCCCGAGUUAUCGCGCACUUCCACGAGAUCCGAACUGGAAAGCAUAA